UGUUGUUAUUGAUUCAUUGAAUAACUCGCUUCUAAAAAAUCUUAAGAUCCUAUCAGUUCAUAACAAUCAAUUUAAGAAAGCACUUGAAUUUUAUUCAGAACAGAAUCGACAGGAAGAGGUUCACGAUGAAUUCUACAAGGACAUGGGUAAAGCAUUCUUUAGCGAGAGUUAUGGAAUUUUUUUAAAUUGUCAUGAGAAUUUUUAUGAGUUCAAAAAAGUAUUUGAUUACUGCGAAAGAUAUCAAGAUCGAAGUUUACCACUUGGUAAGAGGUUGCUCGCCUAUGCAUUCAUUGAGUGUAUAGUAUUUUUCCCAUUCUUCGCAUGGAUAACCCGACAUCGAUAUAUGAGACACAUUCCUGCAACCAUCAAGGGUAAUAAUUGGGUUCGAGUAGAAGAAGGAAUGCAUGUUAGUGGGCAUUCCUAUGUUUAUAAGAUCAUCGGAGGAGUUAGUAAACUACGAGCUGAAGAAAUAUGCUCCGAACUUGUUGACUGUGUUAAAAAUAUGUGGGAAACAAGAAUUCUUAGCGAUGGUAAAAAUGAAGUUAAUGGGUUUACAUUGGUAAAGGUUCAAAAGUAUAUUGAUCAUCUUCAAGAAACCAUGUUAAACACGACCGG